GGUGCUAGAGCUGCAGCAGCUCUCGCCUUUGUGGGUGUAGAGAGAGAAAAGAUGGCUCCCGUUCUGGAGAAACACCUCCCGGGUGCAGCCGGCUCGGGCGACAACAACAACGAAGACGAGGAAGGACAAAACCUGUGGUCCGCGAUAUUGAGUGAAGUGUCAACUCGGUCGAGCUCAAAGUUGCCAUCAGGAAAAAACAUCCUCGUAUUCGGUGAGGAUGGAUCCGGAAAAACAACGAUUAUGGCCAAACUUCAAGGAACUGAACACAACAAGAAGGGCAGGGGGCUGGAGUACCUUUACUUAAACGUCCACGAUGAAGACCGGGAUGACCUUACGCGUUGUAAUGUGUGGAUCCUGGAUGGGGACUUAUACCACAAAGGCCUUCUUAAGUUUGCCAUUACAGCUCAGUCGCUGCCCGAUUGCCUAGCUGUGUUUGUUGCGGACAUGUCACGGCCCUGGACCAUUAUGGAGUCAUUGCAGAAGUGGGCCAGUGUGCUUCGUGAUCAUUUGGACAAGCUCAAGAUUCCCCCAGAGACCAUGAGAGAAAUGGAGCAGAGCAUGGUAAAAGCUUUCCAAGAAUACGGGGAACCAGAAGAUGCCAACCCAUCCUCCCCACGACGAGCAACAUCAGGGGAAGAUGAGGACAUUGUCCUACCACUUGGAGAAAAUACACUCACACACAACCUGGGCAUUCCAGUCCUAAUAGUUUGCACUAAGUGUGAUGCAAUCAGCGUACUAGAGAAGGAGCAUGACUUCAGAGACGAGCACUUCGAUUUCAUCCAGUCCUACAUCCGGCGAUUUUGCUUACAGUACGGAGCUGGCUUGAUCUAUACUUCGGUCAAAGAGGAGAAGAACCUGGAUCUGCUUUACAAAUAUAUAGUGCACAAGAUGUAUGAGUUUCAGUUUGUCACACCCGCUUCAGUGGUAGAGAAGGAUGCAGUGUUCAUUCCAUCUGGAUGGGAUAAUGAAAAGAAAAUUGGGAUUUUGCAUGAGAACCUCACAACAGUCCGACCAGAAGAUCCAUUCGAAGACUUUAUCACAAAACCUCCCAUACGAAAGUUGGUUCAUGACAAAGAAAUAAAUGCAGAGGAUGAGCAAGUAUUCCUGAUGAAGCAGCAGUCUUUGUUAGCAAAACAACCAGCCACACCAACGAGAGGAGCAACAGAGUCUCCAGGAAGGACGGCUUCAGGCUCCCCCCGGCCUGCAGGCCGCGGCCAGCCCGCCGUAACCAGUGGAUCACCACUGGCUGCAGUCAAGAAGCCUGACCCCAACAUGAAAGCGGGAGCUGCAAAUGAGGGAGUGCUGGCCAACUUCUUCAACAGUCUGUUGAGUAAAAAGACUGGAUCGCCAGGAAGCCCAGGAAGCCCAGGAAGUGGAGCAGUUGGAGCUGGAGUUCAAGGGUCUGCCAAGAAAACAGGGCAGAAGCCGGGUUUGACUGAUGUCCAGGCUGAGUUGGACAGGAUGUCUCGAAAGCAAGACUCACCGGUUUCAGCUAACAACAUAUCGCCGACAGAGAACAAAGCGUGAAACAACAAAAACAGCUGCAUUGUCCACUGCGUUAAUACCCUGGAAAAAUAUAUGUACAUGUGAGCUUCAAAAAAAAAAAAAAAAAAAAAAAUUGACCAAAUUCCCAAGGCCUUUUAUCGGUCAGCACACAGUGGUUUCACCAAAUGAGUUGAAGACGCUGUCAAAUGUUUUGGUGAGAUGGGAAGAGAGACAUAUAGAUAGAUUGAGGUGUCAAUGAGAUUAAAAAUGCUGAAGGCUUGGUUUCAUUUCUGUCCUCUCUUCUACUGUAAAUGUUAUUUUGUGAGGGAUGUCAGUUUUGGGAAAUGUGUGCACACUCUGACAGUCAGCCGGAUUCACCGGGCUUCAGGCUAUCCAGUUUCUGGUCAAAGCACUCUCCUCCUGGAUUUCAGAAGUGGUUACUGGUCCUGUGGCCUGGUUUAUCUCAUGGAUAGAUUUGGUUGUGAUUGGAGAGUUAUUUAAACAUUAAUUGUUCAAAUAAAAUUUAAAUACUUGCAAACAUAUGUAGUAUGUAAAAAAAAAAAAAAAAAAAAAAAAUACAAAAACAACUGUUGGAUAUGAUACUGAUGUAUUUAUACAAAGCUCCUUUCUAUUUUAUUUUGUGCACCAUUUCUUGGUUUGAGAAAACCAUCUGUAAUAUGUUAAAAAGCCACUGACAUCAUGACACUAAUAAGACAUGUCCAGAUAGCUGACGACAGCAUAUCAUAUCAUUUGCCCUAGUCAUCUCGAAGGAUCCUGUAAAUAUAAAUAGAAGAAACCUUAUUCAGGAUAACUUGAUUUUUGUAUAAAAUGCAUUUCUGUCCAAAGUGUGAAAAUGUCUCCUUUGACUUAACGAGACUGGUUGGGGUCUGACAGGCUUAGAGGAUGCAUCAGAACCGCUUCUUUAGCUACAGGUGUGUAUAUUUGGGGAGGGGUUUGGGCAGCAUCUUUCCUACUAUAACUCCUAAGUGCCUCGCACAGUUAGCUGUUUGUGUCAUGGUAGAGGUGCUUGUCUACGUAAGAGAGGAAAUGCACUGUAGCACCACCAGUUAAUUUUUUUUUCUUCCCCUUUUGUCUUCAUCCAAAUAAUUUAUUUUGUUUUACAUUUUUUGUGUUAACGUACAUCAAGCCUGUGGUCUGUUAAUUUUCAGAAAUACGAUUCUGUGGCCUGAUUGAUAGUGUUGAAUAGAUUUAAUGCCUUCAUAAAAACUGCUGGCUGCUGUUAUCAAUAAGAAAUCAUACGAUGGACACCCCUCCCCCCCAAACCUUCUGUGCUUGAAAUCACUUAUUUGCAGCCAAAAUACAUAGUAGUUUGCUGUGGUCUGACUAAAUUAGACAUUGUAUUCUUCAGUGUUUGACAACACUUCCCUCCUUCAGUUCCACAUGUUUUAGUCAAACUGUACUCUGCAUGUCGGUUAAAACAUUCCCAGUUUCUACAUGAAGUAGCAUAGAAAAACAUCCCUGUAGGAAACCAGUUUGUCCAGUUGGUCUUUUUGUUACUUAACUGUCCAUCUAAAAUGACAACCUUUGCCUUCAGUGUACAGCUUACAGUUUGUCACACUCUGCACCCUGCCUUCACAGGAAUGCUCCUAACUUGUGUCUUUAAAGGGUUGCUUGAUUGUCUUGUUUUUUUCCUAAAUUGCAACAGUUAUACUGUACCAUAUCAAAUAAUGUUUAAUAUUUCUAGUUUAAGACCAUAAUCAACAGGAAUUAAGUGUGCACUGUCAUUCUUAACUCCAUAUGCAAGCCCGUACUUAAUGCUAUUGAUAGUGUAGAUUGUAGAAACUUUCACAGAAGUGAUGGCAAGUACGAAGUAAACAGCUAUUUGCUAUUCAAAUAGUAAAAAAGAAACAGACUGAUGUGAAUUGGAACACAAAACCAAAGAUACAUAUUACUCUUUUUUUUUUUUUUUUUUUUUUUUGUUUGGUUGGGUUUUAUAUUUUUCUUUUGUAGGAUUCCACAAGAUUAAUCAGAGGCUAUUAUUUUGUCCCAUUCUUGCAAUGCAGACCUUUUUAAUCCAAACAUCAGACCAGCCUUUACAAACUUUAGUUACACGUUUAUAUACUAAUUGAUUUACAAUGCAACCAACUUGUUUGCAUUUCAGCAGACGGAUGAAGUACCAUCAUUUCACUGCAGCGGGUUUAUAGUAACUUUUAUAAACAGGUUUAGACAUGCAUUUCCGACAGGGCUUAACUUAAUUUUUCAAAUACAGGUAUUUGCUCUGCAAGGAGAAAAAGACUCCACAUUCAUAUACAGUCCACACCAUGCAUUGUCAAAACAAAAAAAAAGGUUCUUAUUUGUUCUGUAUUUUCUUUCACUAAGAACUACGCCUUUUAUUUUUUACCUCCUUACUGGUUGGCAUGUGCACCUGAUGGCCUCAUGUCGAGGUGGAUGAAGCACAAUUUACAAGCAGCCAGAAGCAGUAGUGCCACCUGUUGAAAUGAGCACUUUUUUUUCUAGGCCGCACGGAUGUUUCCUUUUUCUAAAGUUAUAGAUACAGACUGCAUUCUUUCUUUUUUGCCUUGCCUUUUUUGAACGUUUAGUAAAGGGAAGAAAUGCACUGUUAAAUAUAUCUCUGCAUUCGGAUAAGUUAUUGACCCAUUUCUGCUGGUCAUAUAUAUCAGUCCACUAGUAGUCUCUGGCAAUACACUUUUCCUAAGGAUGUUAAAAAAAAAUCUUGAUGUAGGUACACAAUAUAAAUUAAAUAUUAGGCUUUUUUUAAUAAGUCCCCAUCAUGAGUAACCCCUAGUUUUGUGUUCACAUUCAGCAUGAUAUCAUUGUGAAAUUAUGGUUUUGCCUCUCUAAACAUACUGUUAAAUGUCAGACCACCCUGACUUGUGUUGAUUACACUUCCACACUCGCUGAAUUCAGCACUUAGCUGAGACAAAUGCUCCUAUGCUGCUUGGUGUCAGUGUUGCACUUGCUCUUUAAGAUUUUGAUCUUGCUCCCAUGAUUGAAUAAUGAACAGAUGUUAACUUUUGUACUCAAAUGUCACUCGAAAGAAUUUGCCUUUUCACAUCCUAACGUAAUUGCCUUCAACCACUAGUCCACAUCUAAAUGAGACUUUGAGCUUCUGCUUCCAGUCCUUUUGUAUUCAGGAUAUCGAGACAUUUUCAGAACAUGGCUGGCUGCAUUUUUGUGUCCUGGAUUAAUUCAGAAAUUUGAUUGUAUGUCAUUAACACAAGUCUAUAGCCUGUAAGCCACCAUGUUGUUUCUAGCUUCUUAUUAUGCAGACAAAGAUAAGGAAAAUGUUUAUCGGACCCCUGGCUUCAAUAAAACCAAGAAUCCAGA